AUGAAUGAAGUUGUCAGGUCAAUUCGAUUAGUGAAAAUGUAUUGUUGGGAAAAACCAUUUCAAUUCAAAGUUGAACAAGUAAGAAGGUAAGUGUUUGUAUUGUUUUUCUUUUUCUUUUUUAUUUGACCGAAUUCAGUGUUAUAGUAUCUGUGUACGUGAGGAAAUGCAAGACACUGAUGUGAAAUUAUACUGCCUUACAGAGAUCGAAUCUGGUCGGCUUGACCGGCGGGUUGGAUUCGGAUCAACGUAAAAAGUAUUAAUCCGGAUCAGAUCGGAUCAACCCACGUUUAGGUCCGAUUGGGUCGGGUUAAGUCAGAUCAGAAACCU